GAGUCGACGUCCUCACAUCUUGCGAAUUUCCGAGCUCACAGUAUUUAUUCCAUAACCCAAGCACAGAUUUGCUUCACAACCUCUACACAACGACGAAAACCUACUCAGCCGCUCAUCGCCUUGCCAUAUUCGGGAAAAAAUCCAUCGCACAGAGGAGCCUCUUCGAAGGCAUCAAACCCCCACCCAGCAGUGACAAGAGAACCAUACCGCCAAAAUGCCAUCCGCACAAAUAAACCAGCCGUCCAACCAGAUCAAGUUGACAAACGUGUCGCUUGUGCGCAUGAAAAAGGGCAAGAAGCGCUUUGAAGUCGCCUGUUACAAGAACACUGUCACGGCCUUCCGAUCCGGAACUGAAACAAAUCUCGACGAUGUGCUACAGAUUCCAAAUGUCUUUCUCAACGUUUCGAAAGGUCAGGUGGCACCGAACGAUGAACUGAAAAAAGCGUUUCCUGGUAUGACGAGAGAUGAGGUGGUACUGGAAAUAUUGAAGAAGGGUGAGAUUCAGGUCGGGGAGAAGGAGAGAGGGCAAGAACUGGAGCGAGUACACAAGGAAGUGCUGGAAAUUGUGGCUGGACGACUGGUGGAUCCGAAGACGAAGAGAGUCUAUACCACUGGCAUGAUCGAGAAGUCACUGGACCAGCUAUCAUCUCAGGGUGGGCAUGCGGGGCGAGGUCCUGCAAAGGGUUCGGCAGGUGGAGCAGACAGGAGUCAGAGCAGAGAUCAGAGUGCACCUGCCGAGAGCGGUUCGAGUACGCCUGCUAGGAACGGUGAGAUAGAGGAGAAAGAAAAGCCUAAGCCGAAAUGGACCGGUGUGGUGACAACUAGGAGUGCUAAGAGCCAGGCUUUGGAUGCCAUCAAGGCUCUCAUCGCUCACCAGCCUAUCCCCGUGGCACGAGCGAGAAUGAGACUGCGAAUUACUUGUCCAACAAGCAUACUCAAGCAGAGCGUCAAGACUCCAGCAGCAAAGGAGGGCGAGGAGCCGCAGACGUGCACUGUAAAGGAGAAGAUAUUGGGCUUCGUGGAGCAGGUGGAGACCGAAGACACCGCUGGAUCGGAGUGGGAGUGCGUAGGAUUCGUUGUACCUGGAGAGUACAAGACGCUCAGUGCUUUCAUCAGUGAACACACGAAGGGCAAAGCGCGAGCAGAAGUGCUGGACACCGCGGUCACUCACGAGGACUAG